GUAUUCCAACUUAUUACCAACGUUGGAAUCAGAUUUCUGCUCAUUUCUCACAAAUUCAACACAGUUUAGUUUAGUUUUGGUCUAAAAAUGUAAAAAUAACGAUUCUCUCUUGUAAUGUAGACAGGAAGGAUAUCAAGAAAUAUAACGCUUUUAAAUUUUCAUAUACCUACACAUUUCGUAAUCUGUUGAUUGAACCGUACACAAAAUGGCGCUGAAGUUUUUCAUCAUGUUGGGAAUUGUAGCUAUCGUAUUAGCACGUCCAGAUCCAGAAUCAGUUAAGGUCAGCAGCGCUUCAGUGUCCCGUUCACAGACCUCCGUGCGGGCCACUGGUGAGAAGGGACAGGCGCAAAAGGCUAAGCUGACGCAGUCGUCGUUCAAAUGGUCGGAGAUGUCUCUAUACGAUGGCCGCGACGGCCGCCCGCUCUACAUUGUCGUUGAUAACAUCGUGUAUGACGUCACCGAGCUUAAUGCAUAUUAUUCACCAAAUAGUGCAGGCGGAGAUACAUUAGCAGUGCGUUCCUCUGGUUUACCUCCCUACAUUUCGGAAGAUACCUUACAGCCGUAUAAAGUUGGCGUAAUUGUGGCCUGAAAAACGUGGUGGAUUUCAAAAAAUUGAAAAUUUAUGCCCGCUGUUAAAUGUUGUUUAAAAUUAGCACUUCUUUUGUUCACUUCAGAUGCAAAAUAAUAAAAUAUGUUUUAUUCAAA